UUGUUCAGGGACCAACCCUUCCCUGAGGAAUGAGAUGAAGAUUCUUCAUGUAGAGGAACAUGGAGUGUCUUUAGAGGAAGUGCAUGAGGUCACCAGAUUCCAUGCUAAGAUUCUCCAUCCCAAGUUCUCAGCUAUCUCUCUGAUACUGAGGUUACUGUCUUGGAACGUAGAUGUCCACUGUGAGCUGAUGCUCUAUCUGACAGUGAAAAGGGAAACACUAAUUCCACGCCUGUACCUGUUCCCCAGUAACCCCGGCCAAAUACAGGCUGUGGAACAACAGGAAAUAAAGUUUCAAGGAUCUAAAAGGUUUCCCAACACAAGACCAGAGCGGUCCUUCAAACUGAAUAGUUACUUCAGACUGAACAUUCCCUGUUCUACCUCCAUCAAUCCACCGAGGGUUCAUCUCAUACAUAGAGACACCACACCAAGCUUUUUCAGGGCGGUUGUGAAAAUGACAGGGAUUGACAUUGCGAUGGAAUUAUUUGGUGAUGAUGAGACGACAGCGUGGAAAGAAAUAGUACCAACAGAUGAAUACAUCACUGACACCCAUUCAACUAGUGCUGUGUUGGGGGCAGGGCGUCCGCCUGAGAGAAGUCUGACUUGUUCUACAAAACUGCAGCUGCGUUCUGUACGGACAGAGUUUGUGAAACGAGUAUCAGGACCUGUCCUGAAUGAACUGCUGGACGGACUCCUGCAACACACAGUCAUCAACCAGGAGGAAAUGGAGUCAGUGAAGGUGAUAGCUGAGAGGGCAGAGAAGGCACGUGACAUCAUCGACAUGGUGUUGAGAAAAGGAACUGAGUCGUGUUCCAGGAUGAUCAACCUUCUUCGGGAUAUUGACCCCUAUCUUUGGUCAAUGCUUCAGAUUAACAGUGUUGGGGUACCAACCUAAUGGUAGAAUGUAUAGUAACAGUGUUGGGGUACCAACCUAAUGGUAGAAUGGAUAGUAACAGUGUUGGGGUACCAACCUAAUGGUAGAAUGGAUAGUAACAGUGUUGGGGUACCAACCUAAUGGUAGAAUGGAUAGUAACAGUGUUGGGGUAUCA